ACCCUGGCAGGAGGCAGCACAGCCCUCCUCUGAAGAGACCUUAAAGGCACUUCGUGUGUGCCUCCGUCUGUAUGACUGCAGCAAGAGGGAGCCGGGAUGAUGAAGGUGCAUCGUGUACUCCUCCUCCUCUCCGCAGCUGGCCUGGCCCUGUGCUAUGAACACGAGACUCGCCUCGUUGAGGACUUGUUCAGGGACUACAACAAGGUGGUGCGCCCAGUGGAGGACCAUCGGGACGCCGUUGUCGUCACCGUCGGGCUGCAGCUCAUUCAGCUUAUUAACGUGGAUGAAGUAAAUCAGAUUGUGACAACCAACGUACGCCUGAAACAGCAAUGGACAGACGUCAACCUCAAGUGGAAUCCAGACGACUAUGGUGGCGUGAAAAAAAUCCGCAUCCCCUCAGAUGAUAUCUGGCGGCCAGACCUUGUUCUUUACAACAACGCAGAUGGCGAUUUUGCCAUCGUUAAAUACACCAAAGUCCUUCUGGAGCACACAGGCCUGAUCACCUGGACACCACCAGCUAUUUUUAAAAGUUACUGUGAAAUUAUAGUCACGCACUUCCCAUUUGACCAGCAGAACUGCAGUAUGAAGUUGGGAACUUGGACAUACGAUGGUACAGUGGUUGUUAUUAACCCGGAGAGUGAUCGUCCAGAUCUGAGUAACUUCAUGGAGAGCGGAGAAUGGGUAAUGAAGGACUACCGCGGCUGGAAGCACUGGGUUUACUACGCUUGCUGCCCUGACACUCCCUACCUGGAUAUCACCUACCACUUCCUUAUGCAGCGCCUGCCUCUCUACUUCAUCGUGAACGUCAUCAUUCCCUGCCUGCUCUUUUCCUUUUUAACCGGGUUAGUUUUUUACCUACCCACAGAUUCAGGUGAGAAAAUGACUCUCAGCAUCUCUGUCCUGCUGUCUUUGACUGUGUUCCUUCUGGUCAUUGUGGAGCUGAUUCCCUCCACCUCCAGUGCAGUGCCUCUGAUAGGCAAAUACAUGUUGUUUACAAUGGUGUUUGUCAUCGCUUCAAUCAUCAUCACGGUCAUCGUCAUCAACACCCACCACCGCUCCCCAAGCACUCACACCAUGCCGCACUGGGUCAGGAAGAUCUUUAUUGACACAAUCCCAAACAUCAUGUUUUUCUCUACAAUGAAACGACCAUCCAGGGAUAAACAAGACAAAAAUAUUUUUGCAGAAGAUAUUGAUAUUUCUGAAAUUUCUGGGAAGCCAGGUUCUGUGCCUGUCAACUUCUACUCCCCGCUUACCAAAAAUCCAGAUGUGAAAAAUGCUAUAGAGGGAAUCAAAUACAUUGCGGAAACAAUGAAAUCGGACCAAGAAGCCAGUAACGCUGCAGAAGAAUGGAAGUUUGUUGCAAUGGUGGUCGAUCAUCUUCUCCUUGGCAUAUUUAUGCUAGUUUGUAUUAUAGGAACAUUAGCUGUAUUUGCUGGUCGCCUUAUUGAAUUAAAUCAGCAAGGAUGAACAUCAGCUGGAAACUAUUUGCUACCCUGGUCAGCAUCUGAAAGCAUCUUAACCAUCAAAACCUGGCCAGUCUCUGAAAGCUUCGCAGACAGGAAUCAGUCCCUGCUGGGAAAAAGCAGGGAUAGUAAAACGUAAGGCUUCAAACUUAGCACUUCUGAGCUGCUGCUCAGUGGCAUUUCAUUGCCAGAAAGAAACACUUGCGUUACUGGUAGACUGAAUGGCUGUCAGCCAGCUUUUGAUCCAUUUUACCAUUUAUUAAAAAUGUUAAUGUAUUAAUAAGUCUGUCUGACUUUGUAACCCACAGAUACAAUUCCAGUGAAAUCAAUAGCAGUGUUAAUAAGCUUUAGCUGAGCUGUAAAUCUCUAUCCAACUUUAGCGUUCAAGCUGGUUUUAAUAUCUGCUCUGUGGUUUUUGUAUUGGCAGAGUCACAAAUGACUCCUCUUGUAACACUAGAUGUAACCAGCAGAAAUAUCUCAAACUCCAUGCUUAAGCACUUGAUUUUCAUGCACGAAUCUGAAAUGACUGACUGUCAUACGUGACUCUACCUGUAGAAACUCUUGAUACAGCAAAGAGGAGGGACUGUUUCUUACUGUGGGAAGGAUCCAGCCUCAGCCAGUUGGGUCCCACUGGUAUUUUUUGCCAUCAAGUCGCAUGGCAAAGGACUAUGUAGAGGAGGACUUUUUGCCUUGUUUUAUCACUGAGCCCUGCCCCCGAUCAUCAGCUAUCCCAGUGGCUAUGUUGCAGUCGCUGCCCUCUUAUUUUUACCUGUUAAUACUCUUUAUAAGAAGGCCCACGUUCAUUAUGUAUUAAUGCUCAGGAUUUUCUGUUGUCAACAGAGAUGUUCUGCAAUUGCAUCCUAAGGGAAAAGUUAAGGCCAGAGGGGAAAGGAUGGUAUCCAUAGGUUAAUCUCUGUACUCAGCCUACUCUGCUCCAGGAAAGUUGGUUUCCACUCUCCAUUUUGAGUGAUGACUAAUGUGGGGGCAGCUUCAAAUUUGGGGGUGCUCAGAAUGACAUCUUAAACACAAUUCUCACUGUCUCCUGCCCUGCUCAAAUAGAUCAUGAGCAUUAAAGUCAGAUGCAGCAUCACAAAGAUCAUUCCUAGGCAAAGUGUGGGUCUCAAUUUUACUUAUGUGUGACAAAAUGACAGGACACCUCCUCUUCUGAGCAACACAAAUAAUUACCCAAACUUUAUUCAAAUGUUGAGCAGCAGCUCACUCUAGUGGCUAAAAGAAAGUAGUGCUGCUUUUGGCCAAAGACCUUUGGGUUUUAGUAAAUACUCAACAUAAGCAACAAGCCUCUGUGUGUUUCAAUAAUACAGCAUGGAAAUACUAGCAGUGCUCCCUAUUUUCCUCAAAAAUAAAUAAGGAGAGGUGGGGGAACUGACACAAGUUACUCAUCUUUCCCAGCUGGUUGUCCAAACCAAUAGGACUACUCUGCUAACAGCUGUAAAUAAUUUUCUGUGAAUUUAAUAAAAUUAUUUGUAUUACGAUAAUGUUCUACAGGAAUGUGUCAUGUCUGCAGACAGGCAUUUGAAACGCUCUAUAGGGAAAAUCAGGCACUUGUGCAAUACUUCCAUCAUUGCGUAGUGUUUGCUGGACAAUGUUUUUGGUGAGCUGCAGUCCUAAGCAAAGCAAACAGUUUGUCUGGGGCAAUCAAUCACUUGUAACACUCUGCUCAGCUCUUACUGUUUAGAUGAUGGUAAUCUUUGCCUCCCUGGAUGAUCGUUAACCCUGUAAACGAUUGCUGAAGAUGUAUGCUGGGCGAAACCUCUGCUGACAGAUGGAGUGUUUGCUACAGCUCUGUUUAUCUUCAGUGUGAGUUCUCAGCUCUCGGUCUUCGGAGGGAGUCACGCAGUUCCUCGGCUCUCCAAGAGCUAAGCUGCAGCAUAAUGGUGCCUGGGACUUAAUUUGGGAGAUGGUGAUUGGCACUAAAAUUGACAGAACAAUCCUCUUGGAGCAGCAUGUGGUUGAAUCUUAGCAUUAAAAAUAAACAUCAGGUAACAAAAUUCA